AUGCUCCACCGCCUCCGAACCAUCACCUCGCACCUCCCAAAAGCCGUAUCUACACAGACCGUACACGCCAUCGCCAGUAUCUCGUCUACCACCGGCGUUGAGUACACCGUGCACAACGACAACGUCGCCUGUUGCACCGUACCUGCCGUUCAAUCGGAUUACAAGCCACAAGGGACCAUCCGCCCCUAUGCUGGCUUCGACAGGGCCUACAUCACAGGCUCAGAUAGCAGCGCGACCGCGCUCAUCUGCGUAUUCGAUAUCUUCGGAUUCAAGCCCCAGACCCAGCUCGGCGCCGACAUGCUCGCACAUGCGUUACGCGCGCGCGUCGUCAUGCCUGACUUCUUUGAGCCGAGUGCGCCGUGGGACGCUGCGCGGCACCCGCCAAAGACCGACGCGGACCGCGCUGCGCUGCAGGCGUUUUUCGGCGGGCCUGCACGCCCACAGGAUGCGGUCCCCAAGCUCGCGCGUGUCGGUGCUGCCCUGAGGGCAGACGGCGCGCGGCGUGUCGGGGCCUAUGGCCUCUGUUGGGGUGGGAAAGUUGUGAUCCUUGCGGGUGGGGCGAAGGACACGGUGCUCGACUCAGUCGCGGCUGUUCAUCCUGUCAUGCUAAAGGUCGAGGACACGCACGCUCUUCGCAUUCCGCUUGGGAUAUAUCCGUCCAAGGAUGAGCCGUUCGACGAGUACCAAAAGAUCCUCGACAUCAUCAGGGUAAACCCAUUUGCGAGCAAGAACGACCACAAGCUGUACGAAACGAUGUUCCACGGCUGGGCCGGGGCACGCGCUAACCUCGAUGACCCAGAGAACAAGAAGCAGUUUGAAGAUAUCUACGCUCGACUCGCCACCUUCUUUACAGCAUCGAUCGAGUAA